CGGAUAUCCCGCGCCCUUUCCACGACGACGAUGAAUGGGCUUGGGCUGCCGGCCAUCGCAACGGGCGGCGAGGCGGCGCGGGACUUCUUCCUCGACUUUGAGACGCAUGCAUUCCCUUACGGCGACUCGUAUGUGAUGGAUCCGGCGCUGCCAGGCGACGACGAGGCCGCCACUCAGCGACAGCUCUGUGCGACGGUCGAUACGUGGGUUAAGAUGCUCCUGGACACGCUCGACGAGCUGCUGCAAUGGAAAGACCACGUUGUGACACUCGCGGCGCUGCCAACCACCGCGCUCUCGACGUUGGCCGUUCUCUCGUCCAAGCUCUGUCGCUGCAAGAGCCACAUUCGCAGUGCGCUGCCGCAGCUUCUUUCGACGACCGACGACCUCAUCGGUGGCGUACUCUUGAACGAGCACAUUCGCGCCUACAAGACCAACAUGGUCGAAAUGGCGAUUGCCAUGGACCACGAGAAGAUGGUGCUCACCGAAGAGCAAGUGAAACUUCGCGCAGCCUUGGCGCAAAUGACCCGCAUGAAGAGCGCGCACCGUGUCUUCCGCUGGAGCCGCCUCUCGAGUCGCUUGCGGGAACGCGAGCUCCGGCGCGCGCUCGACAAUCAGCACUGUGCGUUCGAGACGAAGCGCGAAGAGCUGCACAGCCUCAUCGAACGCCAACGCCAGCGCAUCGAGGCACUCGAGAGGCAAUUAGAGGAGCUGCAGACGUACGCGCAGCACACACCGCUCAAGAAGCCACCGAGUCCGCCGCGGCCCGAGGCGCCGCCGGUGCGAACCUUUGCAAUGCGAAAAAAUCGAGUCAUGUCGGCGCCUUCUACCAACGUGGCCUUCCCGCGACGCAACGCUCUCGAUCUAUCGACAGCGGCAGCGAUACCGUCCAAGGCGCGCAAGUGGCUGCGCCCACCCAAGCAGUCGACCAACAACCAGGACGACCUCACGAGUGUUGUGCCGGCAACUCCCAAGAAAGCGGUGGGCAUCUGCCGGCCUCGGACGUCGAACGCGGUCGUGCGCAAGAAGCCCCUGCUGCUGUACCACGAGGACGCAGCCAACGAACGGCGGUCGCCGCCCAAGGACCGGGACCCUGAUGCCAUGUCCCUCGUCGAGCACGACGCUUUCUUUGGCGGGACAUGGGAUGCGCGCCGAGACGGACUGCGACGCAGUGCGCUGGCCAAGCAAGAUGCCACGGCGCUCAAGGACGAGCGAAUACCGAACGUGCCCGAGUCGGACGACGGUGUUGCGUUGUAUGCUGUGCACCACGAUGCGCUCGUGACGCGCGUGCCGCCACGUACGCAAAAGCGGCAGUAGCUAGUAGGUGGAGUUUCUAUUGCAAUGUGAUUCUUGU